AUGAAGUUCGUCAGCACCAGAGGAAGUAAGAAGCGAUACAGCUUCGUGGAAGCGGCGCUCGCAGGACUCGCCGACGACGGAGGCUUACUCAUGCCUGAACAUAUUCCCACGGUUAACGCGGAAAUGCAAAACAAGUGGAGUUGCUUACCGUUUCCAGCACUAUGCGCUGAAUUUCUUGCGCUCUUCGUCGACCAAGCAGAAAGCUGCGGCUCUCCGGAAGAACUCCGGAGUUCUUUACAUACAAUAACGACGCGAAGCUUCUCGGCUUUCAAUCACCCGGAUAUCGUGACAAUCAAGCAGUUGAAGCCGUGUUCCUGUGCCGACCUGGAUGGGUCAGAAAUAGCUCGAAAGUUCCGGCGUUUAAGGUCACUCCACCUUCAGCCCAGCGGAAUGCCACAGUGUGAAGAAAACCACAAUUGGAAUGGGGGAGAAAUCCAUCCGUGCCUAUUGGAGCUCUUUCACGGACCUACAUUUGCGUUCAAGGACAUUGCAAUGCAAUUCCUAGGGGAACUCCUUUUUUUUCUUCUGGGGAAGCAGCCGCAAACGCCAGCGUCCGGCUUGAUUGUCCUAGUGGCGACGAGCGGGGAUACAGGGAGCGCAGCGAUUGCAGCAUUCAAGAGAAGGUCGCCGUUGAUUCACGUAGUGAUUCUGUUCCCAAAAGGUCGCACAUCCGAGGUUCAGCGGCUCCAGAUGGUGACUUCACAGGACCCAAACAUUUACUGUCUUGAGGUUAAAGAAUCGUCCUUCGACAUUACAAGCAUUUGCAUAUUUGUAUAUAUGCGUAUAUGGGCUAGGGAGCACAACUCUCUGAAAUGCUUGCUUUCAGAUUGUAGCUUUUUCCAACUCAACAUUCACGAUUACUCACGGCGCUAUGAAGGACCUUUCCCUCACAGCGGGCAACCUUCUCGGUGUGGAACUCAAAACAACACACGAAGCAAUGCAUCAGCAGUAACUAUGGACGGGUUUCCUUCAUUCCGGAGAGGAUGGAAACUUUCUGUGGUAAAUAGUAUCAACUGCGUUCGAAUCCUUAUUCAGGCAGCCUAUUGGUGGUAUUCUGCUCUAAAAAUGCAACACGAGUUUAACAGUGGGCCCGGCGACGUUUUCGAAUUGCAUGGCACCGAAACUACGACCAAACGUCCCUGCAACAUUGUCGUUCCGACUGGCAAUUUUGGCAACAUUUUUUCCGCCUUCCUUGCAAAGCAGAUGGGUGCGCCAAUUGGCAAACUUUUGUUGGCGACCAACAGUAACGACGUUCUCGGCCGGGUUCAGGAGACUGGGGUAUAUGACAAGCGACGAGGAGUCCGGGCCACGUGCAGUCCGUCAAUGGAUAUAGCUGCUGCAAGUAACUUUGAGAGACUCCUUUUCAGCACCUGCAUGAUCCAAGGGAAGUUGCCUCAGAGAGGGCAGACAAACGCACAAGCAACUCGAGACCUGAUUCAUAAGCAAGGGGGUAGUGCACGAGAGAGUUCGUCAUUGCCGGGUGAAGCUCAAAAGGUGCCAGAUCACUGUCAGACGGGAGACGCUGACACGCCAGAAGACAAACGAGUUUUAUCAUCCUCGCCUCCCGGAGUGCCCAUUCCUGGCAUAUCACACGACACUUGCGUGGAACAGUCGCACAGAUCUCAGCAGUGGUGUAGCACAGUUCGAGAUGUGACGGAGAGAUUCGAUCAAGAAGGUUAUGCUCAGCUGAGUGAGGAAUUCCUAAGCUUCUACAGGAAUCACUUUUCCACUGAGGCUGUUGACGAUGCCGAGACUAGAAAAGCAAUCGAAAAAAUGUACCGUCUCUAUGGAGAAAUAGUCGAUCCUCAUACAGCCGUCGGCUAUGCAGCGUAUCUGAAACAUGUAUCGAAACUCCCCGGUGAGAUUCAGGGCUCUUCCGCUUGGUCAACAAGCGACGGCGGACAGAAAGAUGUCCAACCAAGAAGCAACGAUCCUUGGCUGCUGGCAUCAACUGCCCAUUUCGGCAAAUUUCCUGAGACAAUCCUGUCGGUUGUCGGACAAGAUAAAUUUGACAUCAUUCCCGAGGAGCUGAGGAACCUGAAGGAUAUGCCGCAGCGCUGUACUGCGAUCGACCCUUCUCCGGAGAGUCUGAGGAGGUUCAUCGUCGAGAAGUUUCUGAGCCGUGACAGAUCUAAGCCUCCACCUCAUCAAACAAGCGAGUGCUUGGCAUAG